UUGCAUGCGUAGAAGAAAAAAUUUAUAUAAUUAUUUAAUAAGAGCAGUUAAUAAAUAACUAUAUAUUGAAAGUAAAAUGCAUAUAAUAGAAGAAAAAUGUGAACAAUUUCUCAUGUCAUCUCCUUAACCCUCCUAGGGUUAACCUAAAAUAUCGCUUCUCGUUUUUCAUGGAUUUAAGGAAUUUUGAAUCAUUAAAUGAUUAAAUUACAUAUAAAACUUAUUUUGUUGUAUUAAAAUUUAUUAUUAUUAUUUAAUUUGAAUAUACCAUAUCGAAAAAAUAGAUUGUCUAUAAAGAAUAUUACAAUCUACUAUUCACUGAUCAUACAUAUAUAUAUAAAUUUCUUCUGAACACAUGUGAACAAUAAUAUCCAAUUCUAAAAGUAAUUAAAAUAAAAGAAAUGGCUCGAGUCUUAGUUUAUAACCGUCCUGUUGAUGCAAUAUUUAUGGACGUAAACUUGGGAGUCAAGACAAAUCUUUCUGAACAUGGAAUAAUAAUAAUAAAAGAAGAGCCGAUCGAGAAUGACAGUCAUGACGAUUUAUGGCUGAACGAAAUUAAUGCCGAGAAUGAAAACGAAACAUCAAAAUCUGAAGAUUAUGAAAGCGAAGAAAGCAUAACUGAAGAUAGUAAAAUCGAAGAUAACAAAACUGCGAAUGAUAACAUUGAAGAUGAAGUUUCGAAUGCUAAUUAUGAAUAUAAAAAAUUUGUGCCACCUCAAGAAUUCAAUCCCUUAAAAAAUAAUACAUCGAACGCUCGAUUUAUAACUUGCAAUAUUUGUUUCGUGACAUUUAACAAGCAAAGUUAUACUCGCCAUGUGCGUAGAUACUGUAACGGUGACUAUAAAUGUCAAAAAUGCAAGGCCGUUUUCAAUACUUAUCAUUCGAUCAAACGUCAUUUGAGGAUAAAGGGUUGUAAAAAAAAAAUUACAAAUUACAGAUUUCUUUGUAAUUUUUGUCGUCGAGGGUUUUGGAGAAAGGCCUAUAUCCAAUGCCAUUUACUUCACGCGCAUAGAAAUGAAAUAAAUAAUAUCGAUAAAACUCAAAUUGGAGAAAUUUUCAAAUCGUCAGAAAGAUCAACAAAUGAUCUUGAAGAUGUACUGAUCGUGGAAAAGAUAAACAGUUCAAAUAACGUGUUUCCAAAACGGUUAAACAAUUUGACAGAUACGUUUAAAAAAGAGUUGAACAGUACACCUUCUCCCAAAUUGAACGGUUUAAAUUGUACGCAUUUGAAAAGUCAAUGCGAUACAGUUUCGAAAAUGCCGAGAAGUUUAAGUAAUUCGAGCCAGUUAAAUUAUUCAUGCGAUACACCCUCUAAAAAGAUGAAGCAGACCACUCUUACAGAUUUUAUUUCGUUUUAUAAAGGAAAAUCGAACAACGAUGACGUCAUCAUAGAGAAAGUCAUUGGUAUAAACAAUAAUUCUGUUAUUGAUGACACGAGUGAAUCACAUGAGAAAUUUGAUGAUAACUCCUCGUUGAGGAAUACAGAAAACGUUCAAGCGCACAAGCGUACCCGAUCUCGUGCGCUUGACAAGAAUAAACCAUUUGUUCAGAUUCAUGUGAAUCCCCGUACUAUGAUGCUAUUAUUGAACAAUGAGAUAAAAAGUGAUCUUGAGAGUCUGGAAACUUCGUACAAUGUACCCUACAAUCUUAGGCCAUCUGGAGAAAAUUCCUAUGCAUUACGUAAAUUUCGCGAUUCAAUGAAGCAUGACACUGCUUCUAACAAAGCGAAACGUCCCAUUAAAAGAAAAUAUCCCUGCAAUGUAUCUACGCGAAGAAUGUCUUUACGAAAUAAAAGUUUCAAAUCUGAAAUCGUAAUUAAAGAGUGCAAGAUCUAUCUGGAGAAAUGUGAUGAGAUGUUGAAACGGGGUAAGAUUAAAUCGGAUAAAGUCGAAAAUGUUUCUCAAUCUAUAGACUUGAAAGAAGAGAGAGAAAUAAAAACGGAAAAGAUUGAGAAUUCUAUUAAAACUGAAUCGGCAAGUGAUCUAUCUUUGAAGCUUACGUCAGAGAUAUUCAAAGCCGGAGCGAAUAAUUUAUCGAUUGCUAAAAAAGAGUCAAAUGUGUCAAGAAGUAAGAUAUCCCAAAGAUCGUUCCAAUGCCAUGUUUGCAAAAAAUUAUUCUCGUUAAAAGAGAAUUUGUACGAGCAUAUGAAAUUGUUUCACUCGAUUUACAUGUCGAGUAUAUGUAACGCACGCUAUACAUCCAUUAAUAAAUUAUUAAAACAUUAUUUGCGUCAACAUAUCAUGUUUAAGCGAAAAGAAUGUUGCGUGUGUUACGAGAAAUUCGACACACCGGUAUCGUUGAAACGACACAUGAUUGUGCACUGUUUGAAAACCAUACGAUCCAAGAAAGACACUCUACCGGUUGACGUCGAGAUAAACUGCAGUUCAUCGAAGAAAGAAAAUAAGUGCAAAGGUUGUCACAAACGAUUUUGGCUCAAUUCGUGUUUGAAAGAACACGAGAAGGUGUGUCGUCGAAUGAAAGACCUGAUCUGUAAACGACGUAGGCUUCAAGCAAAACGCUCUUUUUCGUUUCGAAAGGAAUCGAUUGGCUCGAAAUUUAAUGCGAUACAAGCAAUUUCUUCGAAACAAGUAUCAUCAGAGCAGAAAAUGAAGCCGAUAAAUUCGAUCACUAAGACUUAUAGUCACUCACCUCAUGUUCUGCCACCUGUCUCACCCUCCUACUCUGCCACAGCAGCAAGCAAAAAGAAAUUAGUUAACGGUGUCGCUUGGGUGAAGGGUUACAGAGUUGAGACGAGUGAUAAAACGACAUUUCCCUGCACCAUUUGUGGGAUACAAUUUCAGACGUUUCAGAAUUUGUGUAUGCACGAGCGUACCUAUUCCAAACCUGCCAAUAAAUCGUGCAGCGAUUGCGGUACCCUAUUUCCCUCCAAAAGAUUGUUACAACUUCAUUCGCUCGCGACCCAUUCGCCUUCUUGCGCGGAAAAUUAUCAAUUCUUUUGCAAGUUUUGCAAUCAAGGUUUCGUUAAAAAAACGAACAUUCGGAUUCACGAGCGACACUUCCACAUGGACCAGGUUCCCAAACCCGUUCGAGUCAACGAGUCCAUUUGGAAUUCGUAUCCGAUGUGUACCACGUGUAAUUUGUUAUUCGAAUCGUACGAGCGAUUUAUCGAGCAUAAUAUGUAUUACUAUAAUGACCAAAUGUUUGUGUGCACCGUAUGUGGUAAAUCGUUUCAGGGAAUGUACAAGCUUCACCAUCAUAACAAGGUGGAACAUUAUCCGAACGACGUAUUGAAAUUGUACGCUUACAAAUGUGACAUUUGUAGCGAAGGUUUCAAUUAUGAGUCGCAUUUUCACGCGCACAAGUUGCAUGUUCAUCUACCCGAUGCGCCGAUUAUACAGAAAACAUUAAAUAUCAUGCAAGACCACAGUUACGCUUUGACGAAUAACGUUGGCAUAAGGACCAAAGUAACGGAAGAACCGAUAAUAUUGUCAGCAAAGACGUAUACUUGCAGUGUUUGCAAAUUAAAUUUCACCAACGAAGAAGAUUUGUCGAUGCACAAGAUAGAAUACUCCACGAACGGUAAAUUUCAAUGUAGCAAGUGCAAUCGAAAAUGUGGUACCAGUUCUUUCCUAGCCAAGCACGAUAGUUUGAAUCAUACCGGUUGUGACAUUAACAUCAGUUUCAAGUGUCGCUUUUGUGGUGAGGUGUUGACAACCAGUACAGCGAUGUUGUGCCACGAAAAGCACUUUCAUUUAAAUUGCAGCAGUGAUCUCAACGACAGACAACCAGUUCAACAAGUUAUGAAUAAGAAGAUUGAUAGCAAAAUUGUUAAACUUGAAAAGUGCGAUGGUUUUACGUGUUCGACUUGUAACAUGAAGUUUCACAACAACAUCAACUUGAAGCAACAUUUGUUGGAAUAUGCCGAUAUAGGUACAUUCAUUUGCAACAUUUGCCAAAGAAAAUUCACCGAAGUGGAACAGUUAGAAGUGCACAAAAUCAAACACACUAUGUUGAGCAAUACUUUGCUGUCGCAACGGUGUCCUAUAUGCAACGAAGGAUUUUCGGAUCCUGUGAAUGUUCGGUCGCACGUAAUGCACUUACAUCGAUACGAAACGUUCAAUUUUAAUAUGGAGCAUAUAGGGACUAAAUGACGAAUUAGAAAGAGGGCGACACUGCGUUGUACAUGCUAGCUUAGGAUCUAAAUCUAAAAGUUCCAAUUGACGAUUGAAUUCAAAUGGAUCGUUUCACUUCUUCCUUCAUUCCUUACGCUUGAAACGUGGCAAAGCCUAGUUUUAAAUGAUAUGGAAAUGUAUAAAUUCAUUAUUUAAUAUUGAAAUCGAAAUAUAUUGCUCGUGUUCGCGGAAUCGAUAGUAUCAGAUUUACUUUUCAUAGAACAUAUGAUGAUGAAUCAAUUCUGUCAUAUCAUCGAGAACAGAUUUCGCAUAUGAGUGAUAAAAAAGUGAACAAAGUGAAGGAAUUCAAAAUAUAAUAUAAUGUAUUGUUUGUUGGUUAUACACUUAAAGAUUGUUACGAAUUUAAAAUGAUUUUAAUAAUUUUCGAGUAAUUAUGAUUUUGUUAUGAUAUUGCAUGUAUAUAAAUUUUAAAGUAAAACUUUUGACAGUUUACUUUUUUAUAGUGGACAUUGCAUUGAAAGUGAAAUUUAUUUUCGGAUAUUGAAUCUCAAUUGCGGAUUCCACUAUUGAAAACACUCUUAAGAGUUUUACUCUCAAAUGUUAAUACUUUCAGAUAUCCGGUAUUCAAUCAGAUGAAAAGUAUUACUUAUAACAAAAAGAAUGCAUGUAGGCGUUUUGUUUUAAAAAUAUUAUGUUAUUUACUAAAUUGAUACUAAGUUAUUCU